CAGAGACAGAGAGAGAGAAAGAAAGACAGGGAGAUAGAGAGAGAGAGAAGGAGAGAAAGAGAGAGACAAAGGGAUCAGAGAGAACGAGACAGAGAGAGGGGGAGAGGGAGGGAGAGAGGCAGUGUCUAGUGAAUGGCUGCAGUGGGUACUCCUGAUACCAGCCCUCAGCCGCGGGUUUAUUUCCAAACUCCCAGUAACCCAGCCGCAGGGGAGGAGGAUGGCGAGACCCCCCAGAGGAGACAGGGCAAGGUGACGGUGAAAUAUGACAGGCGAGAACUGAGGAAACGGCUCAACCUCGAGGAGUGGAUCAUCGAGCAGCUGACUGAGCUGUACGACUGUGAGGAGGAGGCGAUACCAGAGCUGGAGAUUGACGUUGACGAGCUUCUAGAUUUAACCAGUGAAGAGGAAAGGGCGGCAAGAGUGAAGGAACUUCUCAUCGAGUGUUACAAACCGACUGACGACUUUGUGAAGGAGCUGCUGGAGAAAGUACGGGGCAUGCAAAAACUCAACACACCCAACAAGUUCAGCCCGCACCAGAGCAAGUGAUGGCUUUGGACGGCCAAGGACAGUCCCCAGGAGCGCGGGGAGCGGAUUGGGGGCUGUGUACUGAGAGGGCGGACGGAGGGAGUG